AUGUCAUCGCAAGCUCAAGCUCAAGCAAAAGGUAAAGGUAAAGAGAAACCUAUAGCUUCUUUGCUUGCAGGUGCCAUAGCAGGUGGAUCAGAAGCUUUCGUUACUUUUCCUUUGGAAAGUUUGAAGACUCAACUCCAAUUUGGUGCUCUGGAAGGUGGAAAACAACUCACACCUUAUCAGAUGUUGAGAAAUACGAUUCAACAAAGAGGUUUCAAAGGUUUAUAUGCAGGUGUCACACCUGUGAUUAUUGGAAACGCUGCCAAAGCAGGUGUGAGAUUUACGACUUACGACCAGUUUAAGAGUCUGUUAAAAGAUGAAGAGGGGAAACUCACAGCCCCGAGAUCGAUGUUGGCUGGUUUGGGAGCAGGAAUGUCAGAAGCAGUAAUAGCAGUCACCCCAUCAGAAACUAUCAAGACAAAAAUGAUCGAAGAUUCGAAACUUGCUCAACCACGAUUUAAAGGUACUUCCCACGCUGUACAAACCAUAAUUAAAGAAGAAGGGUGGUUUGGUAUUUAUAGAGGUGUUGGACCCGUUAUGCUUCGUCAAGGUGCAAAUUCAGCAGUCAGAUUUUCAUCUUAUUCAACACUCAAACAAUUAGCUCAAGGAAGUGUAGUUCCAGGAACUCAAAUGCCAGGUUGGAUGACUUUCGGUAUAGGUGCUACUGCAGGUGUCAUAACUGUCUAUACUACGAUGCCAUUUGACGUGAUCAAAACACGAAUGCAAUCCCUACGAGCCAAAACCGAAUACCGAAAUUCUUUACAUUGCGCUUACAGAAUUCUUACAGAAGAAGGUUUCUUCAAAUUUUGGAAAGGAACUGUACCUAGAUUAGGUAGAUUAAUAAUGAGCGGUGGUAUCAUCUUCACUGUUUACGAACAGGCUUAUCCUGUUAUUUCAGCUGUGCUAUAA